AUGGCAUCCACGCCACCAACAUCAACCGCAACCGCAACCGCAACCGCAUCCUCGCAUCACUUUCCCGAUGACUCCGUCCUUCAGUAUAUCCACAUCGGACAGACGCAGAAAUAUGUCUUCUCGGCUUUUGCCGGCGUGGUCUGGUACAACGCGAUCGAGCUCAUCGUCCUCUGCUUGACCACCUUCAAACGCUACCAUGGUUGCUACUUCUGGUCCCUCCUCCUCGCCUCCAUCAGCCUCAUCACGCACGUCGUCGGCUACUUUUUCUUCUUCUUUCUCUCCACAACCGUUACCCCCUAUGUCGCCGUCUCCCUCAUCAUCCCGAGCUGGUGCACCAUGGUCACCGGCCACUCGCUCGUCCUCUGGUCACGUCUGCACCUCGUCCUGCAGAAACCAAAUAUCCUCCGCGCCAUCUUAGCCAUGAUCAUCGUCAACGCCAUCACCAUGCAAGUCCCCAUCACCGUGUUACUCUUCGGUGCCGUCUCUCCCCACGCGAAGCUCUUCACAGCGGGAUACGAGGUCAUGGAGCGGAUCCAGCUGAUCGUCUUCGCGGUACAAGAGUGCAUCAUCUCGAGCCUCUACGUGUACGAGACAAUCAAGAUGCUCCGCCUGCGGCCACCGGAAGCGCGGCACCGACGGAUCCUGUUACAGCUCCUCGUCAUCAAUAUCGUGAUUCUCGUGCUGGACGUCGCCGUCGUCGGGACCGAGUAUGCGGGCUACUAUGCCGUGCAGGUGAUGUUCAAGCCCGUGGCGUACAGCAUCAAGUUCAAGCUCGAGUAUGCGAUUCUCGGGCGGUUGAUCCAGGUCGCUAAGGGGGGGUCCCUCGAGCGCGAGCAGGUCUCGUCGAGCGUGCAGGGCUUUCACUCGGAUCCGUCGGAGCAGACGGCCACGGUGGGGAGCGUGAGUCUGACUCCCUCGCGACCGACUCCCGAGAGUACAGGAACGGGUAUGUCGUAUAUCCGUGAUGAGGAUACAUAUGCGUCGAUGAGGUUUCAUGAGAGGCGGACGCUUUGA